AGCACUUAAAGGCAACAGGAAGAUCAGAAGGGAGACGCCUUGUUGGACGGACCGAGGAAAAGCUUCCAUUGUUUGAACGUAACCCAAUCUGAUUAGAUUAAUAUUAGGCUUCUGUGCAGCCACUUCUCUCACCAUGUGAAGGUCUUAAGGUGUUUUUAACGCUUUUAUGAGUCAGAAGCAAAGACCCGAAGGACAAUGCCUUCCUGUUUAAACUAUGCUCUGUCUUUGCGGUACAUUAUGAGCGUGUUCCUGCUUUUAAUUGUUUUUUUUUCUGUCGGUUAUUCAAGUGACAGUUAUGACGAGGUGGAGUAUGGAAACACAUACAGAAAACGGAUGUCAGGAUGGGUUGACUACAUCGAGUUCAUUCCAAAGUCCAGCUCCAAAGUGACGAUCCUGUGGAGUCGAGAUGCUCCUGAAGCUAGUGAGGACAGCAGGUGGAAGAUGGUGCACUACUAUUUUUUCAUCUAUAACAUGACCCAGAGAGACAGUGGUCAGUACUUAUGGAGGAAGAGAGAUCAGACAUCUCUGUCUACGAUGACCGUUGAGGUCAUAGCUAAGACACAGAGCUUAAAUCUGAAGUCUGGGCAAAAGCUUUCCAUCACUUCUGAUCUGCAACCAAACUCGUGCAACAUCUACUUCAUGCCAGAGGGCGGACGCGAGACGGAGAUAAUCCGUCGAGGACAGGUGCUACAAGACCUGGAUCAGUCUGAUUGUGUAGGAUUUAAACUUUUAAAGCCAUGUGGCGUCUUAAACAAGGCUAUGAAAAAGUCUUGCAGUGGACAGUUUGUUGUGAGAGAUCAUAAUGACGAUCAGGCCUUGGUGGUGUCUGUGGAAGUGGAAUCUUCAGACAUUAACCCCAAAUACAUCCUCCCUGGUGUGGGUGCAUUUGUCUGCAUGCUUCUGAGCUGUUGCAUAAAGACCUGCUGCUUUGGAAAGAGCUCCAGAAAAAAGGAUCAACCUGAACUUGAAGAUGCUGACAGAGAACCCGCUGCGAAUGAGUAUGAGCACGAGCCUGUUGCAUGGAGGCCAAGUCAACCUUCAGAGCCCACAGAGAUGCUCUACCCCCUUCAGCCAUCUAAUGGGCCAACUGGCCCGCUGAUUCACAAUCCUCCUGAGAGACUUCCACCAUCCAAUUCCAAGGAAUGGAGAACUAGUCAUACUAAUGUUCCACCCCCGACAGAGCAGCUUGACCCUCCGACGGUUCCACUGUGGUCCCACCAGGACCAGGAUCGAUUUGAAUUGAAGGGGAUCGACACUAACAACCUGCUCAGCUCUGACUCUCCUCACUCUGAUGUUUACACCUCGGACAAAUUCAACUUCCUCUGAAACCACUGGUUUUGAAUGGCAUGGACACUUUUAUUAUGUUAGAGUAACAUUAAAGCAAAUAUUAGGUAAUAAGUGAUUUUUUGGCAUUCUCUAAAAUUAUCAAGCAAGAUUGUCUUCACUGUCUAGAUCUACCUCAGUAUAGUCUGUGAACCCUUAAGCAAACCCAUGUGUUCGUUAUCCUGUAUUUCAAACUGUGUAUGUUUAUUACCAUCCUGACUGUAAGUUUCAGGGAAUAUAGGAACUGUAUUACACUAACACUUGCAGACUGGGGUCUAGUAGCGAUGGCACAUGUCUUCAUCCUUCAAGCCACCAAUCAACAACUCUACCUCGUUUAGUUAACCCCAUGUUUCCCCCAACAGUCCUCAAUGAGUAUGAAGGGUUGUUCCAAUUGUUCCAAAACAAAUGGUGCAAAAUACACCCACAUACAUCUGUAUGAAAACAAAACUUGUGUAUAUUUCUUGGUUACUUGCAGACACAAAAGGGUUGUUACGCCUUCACAAGUUCUUCAGUGCAGGUACACAGAGUCUGUUCAACAAAGAUGUCUUCUCCAUCUAGUUCAGUUAAGUUAGGAGCAUAACAAACUCACAACCUGUAACAUCCUCCCAUAGACAUGGCUGAAGAUGAUAAUACAGAGCUACUGUCUGUGGCCUGAAGGUAAUUCAUAUUUCCGUACAGCAGAGGGCGCUACCUGCUAUGGACUCAGUAUGCACCAACCGGAAAUACUACUGUCGUGCCUAAGAUUAAGGAGCCUUUGAGUGUUUUUGUUUGCUUUGUUUUUUGUUUUAAUAAUUGAAAGAAUCAUUUACAAAAGUUAGGCAUUUAACAACCUUAAUGAACAUCUCUCUGCAGGGCACAUUUAAAGAUGAAAGAUUAUUUCAAUAAAUGUGGUGUGAAAUAACA